UAAAAAAGGAUAGAGAAUCCGCGAAUUUUGCCUACGACCUUAGCUCACAUUUCCACCUAAUCGAAGGGUAUGCGGAAGCGAUGAGCGGCGUGGAGCGGCGGCGGAUCUGUGCGACGUGCAACAUUUGUAUGUGCGCUACGGUACAACUGUCAAAAUAAUAGGGAAUGGAAAUUAUGUAAAUUACAUUUGUAAAUUAUGUAUAUACAGCGUAUUAUACACACAUACGUAACACGUGUCAGCGAGUUAUGAAUGCUCGUGUUAAAAGCAAACAAUCGGUUCAAGUGUUGACGAAAAAUAUGAACACGCUUGACGUUCAGUUGAUUAAAAUCUGAGAAUCUCUUGAACAGCUCUCUUUGACGUUGCCACGAAGUGUCACACGCUCGUAUACGGCGACUUGAUACCCGCUCAUUGCAAUGGAUUUUAAAACCGUACACAUAGAGAAUUUGAACAGUAGCCUAAGAAAACAGGGCGAUAAAAGGGAGAUCAAAAUUUUGUGCUUUGAUUUAACUAACGCUAGCCAGAAGGCCCAACUUCUAUGGUGCACCACUGGGGUUUUCGUUUUUUAUCUUUUAUACGGAUAUUUACAGGAGCGGAUAUUUACCCUCGAUGGAUUCCAACCGUUCGGUUGGUACCUCACUCUCAUCCAAUUUGGAUAUUAUACAAUUUUUGGAUGGAUCGAAUGUCGGAUAAAAGGAGUCACUCGAAGAAUACCUUUGGGCACUUAUUUACUACUUGCUCUCCUUACCCUUGGCACUAUGGGAUUCUCUAAUUCCUCAUUAGGAUAUUUGAAUUAUCCGACACAGGUGAUAUUCAAAUGCUGCAAGCUAGUCCCAGUCCUAAUAGGCAGUAUCCUGAUACAGGGCAAAAAAUACGGCCCCUUGGAUUUUCUCGCUGCAAUUCUGAUGUGCAUAGGCUUAGCGCUCUUCACAGUUGCCGACAGUAUAAUUUCCCCUCGAUUCGAUCCAGUCGGCAUCAUGAUGAUCAGUUGUGCCCUGUUAUGUGAUGCGGCUAUAGGAAACAUUCAGGAGAAGGCCAUGCGCGAGCACAAGGCGUCGAACACUGAGGUUGUCCUAUUCUCGUACAGCAUUGGAUUCGUCUACUUAUUCCUGAUACUGUUGACAAUAUCCGACCUACAGACGGGUGCUUCUUUCUGUGCCGAGCAUCCUAUUGAAACGUAUGGACUUGGCCUGCUCUUUUCACUGUCCGGUUACUUGGGCAUACAGAUUGUUUUGACUCUGGUCCAAUGCUGCGGAGCAUUCGUUGCAGCAACUGUUACAACAUGCAGAAAAGCGAUAUCGAUUUUGAUUAGCUUUAUGUUCUUUUACAAACCAUUCACCUUCCAAUAUGUGUGGUCUGGCCUGAUCGUCGUUCUUGGAAUCUACUUGAAUAUUUACAGCAAGAAACGAGGAGGGACUAAAGGUGGCUUUAGAGAAUUAUGGAUAGGUCUUAAGCAGUGUUGGAUUAAGCACAACCGAAUACAAAGACGAUUACUGACUAAUGUUUAAUAUUCCUACCAGUAACGAGGCAAACAAAGUUUUUUGUUCCUAUUGUGAAUUAUAAUUAUUAUUGCUCAGUCAAA